AAUAUUCGACAUUCCUUGGAAUACCUUAUGGACUACCACCAAUCAAACAUCUGAGAUUCGCUAACCCUGUGGCAGCACGUAACUGGGCAGGAAUUCGAGCAGCGAAUUUUUUUAGAAGCAUGUGUAUUCAAAUCGACGAAAAUGAUAAGAUAGUAGGAGCUGAAGAUUGUCUGUACUUAAAUGUUUAUACACCACUCCUUGAAUUUGAAUCACCAUUGACAAACAAAAAUUUGGUUCCAGUUAUGGUGUGGAUCCACGGGGGUGGUUUCAAUUGGGGUAGCAGUAAUCAAUAUGGUGCUAAAUACCUUUUAGACAAGGACGUAAUUUUAGUGACCGUAAAUUAUCGACUGGGAAUGUUUGGAUUCUUCAGCACCGGAGAUUCUGUCGCUCCCGGAAAUUUUGGAAUGAAGGACCAGGUUCUUGCAAUGAAAUGGGUCAAGAAAUAUAUAAAACAUUUUGGAGGUGAUUCAAAUCAGGUGACUUUAUUUGGGGAAAGCUGUGGAGGUGCUAGUGUGGCUCUUCAUGCAAUUUCUAAAGCAAGUACUGGUCUAUUUCAAAAGUAUUUUAUCCAAAGUGGUUCCAAUUUAUUCCCUUCGGCGUACCAAAAAAGGAGCAACUUUAUUGACUAUGCAAGGAGAAUAUCUACAUUAGUGCAAUGUCCCUGGAUUACUUCCAAUGGACUUUUAAAUUGUUUACGGAAAAAAAGUCUAGAAAUUUUAUUAAAAACAAUAUCUAUAUUCAGAACAGAUUUAACACCUUUUGUGAGUUGGACUCCCACGGACGAGCCUGAUUCUGAAGAUGCAUUUUUAACAGACAGUCCAAGAAAUUUAAUAGCAAAUAAUCAAACGAAAAAUUUACCUUUUAUAAGUGGUGUCGUAUCUGAUGAGGGACUUAUAAUUGGCAUGGAAGAAGCUCUAGCAGUCUUCUCGCCUCCAGGCGCCUGCUUCUUAAUAGAGGAGUUGAGAUUCUCAUUUAUAGUAUACACCAAGACUCGAAGAGUAGGUCAGAGAGCUACAAACUAUCAAGAACUACAACCACCCUAG